UGGCCUGCAGACGUCUGUAGUCCGUGCUUCGGCUCCAAGCAGAAAGCUGGGUCUAGACCCCUGCGGCCAGGUCGCGCACACCCCUGAGCGGCUGAGAAGGCAGGUGCCUCCGUGGGGGGUGCCUCCUGCUUUUGAAGCUUCAGCCCGAUGUUUGGUCCUUCGGUAACAAAACUAGGCACUGAACGGGGAAGGAAAGAGGCUUACAAGCUGGUGCUUAAGUGUUUCCAGAGUUGCUUUUCCAAACCGCAUUGCUGUGUCAGGGCACAAGCCCAUGUGAUGCAGACGUCUGGGUUGCGAAGGGAUCCCUGGAAAAGCUGCUGUACGCGAGAUUGCUCUGUGAGUAGGCGCGUUGCAUCUGACUCUCUAUGCAACCUGGAGUUGUUCCGUGCCCGUAUAAAGCUGCAUCUGUGCGCAGUGCACAGUGAUUCCAGCAGCUGUUUGGCUGAUGCCAAAGGAAAUUAGUAGCAAAAGACCCUAAAGAACCUGUUGUUUAUUCAGCAGGUGGUUGUAAACUGCAAAAUCUACAGGUUUCCUUUAGGAAAAGGCAUAUGUUUUAACCCCAAGCAAACACACGGUUCAGUGCACUUUCAAGCUCGUUAAGCAGGGGAAGGUGGAGAGGGAAAGAAGCAGUUGUGGUUUCUGGGUGAAUUUGGUCUAGAAGCUUCUAGCUGCUGUAAAUUUGCAACUUAGCAUGGACGAGUUCUUUGGUUGCAGAUUAAAUCUGUAAGAGGUACAAAACUGUGCAUAGACCCUGAUACACUGAGGAACACAAAGAAGCACCUAAGGAGGACGUGUUAGGGAAGGCACAGCAAAACCUCUUCACCUGUCUCCUUCCUGAGUCUGUAUCGUACCGAAUUUACAUCAUCCAGUCAGCACUAACACCCAGCUCAUCAGGUCUGACCCCUCUUUCCACCUAGAUUAUUUUUGGUCAACUGCCUUAUGUUUGGCAAUUAAGCUUCUGUUUGGGACCAGCACUUCUUUAGCUAUAAGUUGAAUAUUCCCUAAGUCUGCAUUUUAAAAUUGUAGUAUGUAGAAAUGGUGCCAAAUUAGCUAUAACUGCCAAAAAUGUUAGAACCAAGUUUAGGAAAGUGAUAAAUAGUAAAAGGAGAUCUUUUAGUGGAGGUCUCUUACAGGUGUUAUGUAUCUCAUGUAUAUUCAGCUGUCCUCUGUUUUCAGCAUAGCAGUGCAAACUCUUAGAGAAUUUUAACCCAGUACUGCAGGCUAUGUGCCUUAGUAGCUUUUCAGAGACUGCUUAGAUACUGUUUAAGGGCCUCCCUUAGGGGGCAACAGCCAAAAGUAGAGAGCAAGGCUGUUUGUGGAUGGCUUUAUGGACAAGAGGUCAGAGAAAGCAGAAAAAAAGCAGUGGGGUGUUUUAAGUGAUGUGAAUGCCAUAAUGCCUUUACUAGGUUAUGUAUUGGUGGAAGGCAAGUCAGAAGAGUCUCUUUAUGCCAGCUUGAGACAUAAUGUCUCUGAGUCUUAAGGCUCAUUUUAAGCCUUUUGUAAGGCACGUUUAUAGUAUCAUAGCAUUGGGAAGGAGCCUUAAUGUCAUGUCAGGCCUUUUUUCCAAAGAUAAGAGACAUCGACAAUUUUGAAACUAAUGACAGUAACAGGAAUGAUUUCAGAACUCAAUGGGUACACUUAGGAGAGGUGAAAAUGAAAAUUUUGGCAAUAGCUUUCAGGCAGAGUGAAAGGCAAGUUAGAUGAUUGCCUAAAACAGCAGGGAAUAGCCAGGGCAGUAAAGUGUCCUGCAAAACUACUAAUUGCAGCAAGAAUCUGAAGCAGCCUCCCGGGACAUGAAGGCUAUUUAAAGCUGGUCUGCAACAUAGUAAAUUUAUAAAUAGGCUUAUAUAAGGCUUGCUAGAGGUAACAUAAAACAUAAAAGAUGGCGUAGGGCAACACAGCUCAGGUGUAGCUUUAUUGACAAGUGCUGCACAGGCAGGGCAGGACACAGGGGGGACAUAAAGAAUGGAGGACCUUCAGGCUACUGUCAAAGGGUUGACUUCCCUGGUAUGCCAUGGCUCAAGUCACUGUACUGUGUAGGUUGACCCAAGCCCCUCCAUGACAGGCUGUGGCCUGAAGGUUCAGUUUCUCACUUGUGUGCAUCAAGCUGGCACUGAAAACUUACACAAAAGGGCCUGAGAUGUGAGGAAUGCAGGUCUGUACGAGUUCAAAGAUGAUAAAAUGGGACAACAGCAAACAGAAUAACCAAAAAGGGAAUGACCCCCAAUAUUAAAUUGUGAUUGGAACAAAAGCUGGACCUAGGCUCAUCACGAGCACUGGGUGCAUGCUUGAUUGGCUUGAAAGGACCAAGUAAUGGGGCAUAAGAAAGGAAUAAAGACAGAAGCCACACACCCUGUGUGUACUCGGACUUACCACCAGCUGGCAGGUGGAGGAACAGGCUGGCCAUUGGCAGGGACACCCUGAUGCCAACUGCCAGGGAUGAUGUGAUUUGACCUAGCACAACCUGAGUGUGUUGAGAACAUUCCUGGGGAAACUAAUACUGGAUGGAUGGCUCAUAGAACGUGGUCAAGAGCAAUAAUUUGUGCACCUGUGUUAUUUGAAAUAACAUCAGAAAAUCAAAUAGUUGCUAUGGUUGGCAAAGCCUUCUGAGAUCACCAAGUCCAAUCAUUCACCCAGGAGAGAAAAACAACCAAACAAAACACCACCAAACCAGCAACAACACAAUACCCACCAUGUCCACUGGAGUGUGUCUUGAAGUGCCAUGUCUGUAAGUUUUUUAAUGUCUUCAGGGAUGGUGACUCCACCACCUCCCUGAGCAGCCUGUUCCAAUGCCUGCCUACUCUUUCAGUAAAGAAAUUAUUCCGAAUAUCCAGCCUAAACCUCCCCUGCCACAACUUCAGGCCAUUUCCUCUGGUCCUAUCAUUAUUCACUUGGGAGAAGAGACCAACACCCACGUCACUACAGCUUCCUUUCAGGUAGUUGUAGAGGGCAAUGAAGUCUCCCCUGAGACUCCUCCAAACUAAACAAUCCCAGUUCCCUUAUCAUCUCUCCUAAGACUUGUUCUCCAGAUCUUUCACCAGCUUGGUUGCUUUUCUCUGGACAGGCUCCACCAACAGGCCCUUCUGGGCCCUUCUUGCAGUGAGAGGCCCAGAACUCAACACAGUACUCCAGGUGCAGCCUCACCAGUGCUGCGCGCAGGGUCAGGAUCGCUUCCCUACUCCUGCUGGUCACACUAUUCCUGAUGCAGGCCAGGCUGCUGUUGGCCUUCUUGGCCACCUGGGCACACUGCUGGCUCAUAUUCAGCUGGCUGUUCACCACCGUCCCCAGUUCCUUUUCCUCUCAGCGGCUUUCCAGCCAUUCUAUCCCAAGUCUAGCACUACAUGGAGUUGUUGUAUAUCAAGUGCAUGACCUGACACUUGGCCUUAUUGAACCUCAUACAGUUAGCCUUGAAUCAAGUAUCUAUCUAGCUGCAGUAAUGAGUAAGUAAGUAAACUUGUUACUGUUUUUUUACUUGGUAUACAUUUCUUCUGAGAAAUUUAUUUGGGUAGUCUCAGAAUCCAAAAGAAACCCCUCAAUGCUUCUCUGUUGGUGUGUCCCAAUUAUACUGAAUUAGAAAAGGACGUGAUUUAAGAGAUCAGGGAUAGCUUGUAAUACUUCUGCUUGUUGCAUUUUAAGAUAUAAUGGUGGACGGUGAGGAGGAAGCAAUGUUCGGUUUAUGUGAAUUGCACAUUUUUUGUUGCAAUAAGUGGUGCUACCCUUGAAGUCUACAGUAAGACAUAGACCCUCAUCAGUUUGUGUGACACUUCCGUGGUAGGCCAUUAAGGAUGUCAGCUGCUGCCUGCUACCUGAGUUACACCCUGCCUUUUCUUCAUUCUCAGCUUCAGCGAGCUGCCCCACUAUCCCUGCUUUUCCUUGCUCCCUAGCAGGAUAUAGCGCAAGUCCUGUGCUGUCCUUUUAGUUUAGAAGAGAGAAAGUUGCUGGUUUUCCUUAUUCUUUACCACAUCGCUGCAGACUAUAGCAGAUUGGCACGGCCCACAUGCAGUCGGCAUUAGAUCACUUCUCUUUUCCUUUUCAAAUGAAAACAGUGGUUUAACAUCUAGUAACAUUAAAGGGAAAUUGUCUGACCUGCUGUAUAGCAGGCACGCAAAUGAGACUCGGGCUCUCCGACCGGAUUGGAACAGGGCUUGUACCUGCGCUUGGAGAUUUCUAAGCUGCUGUUCUCCUUCUUCACCAACAGAUGUCCACGCUUAUUCUAAAAUUACAGGCCAUGGGCCUUGCGUUUAGGCAAGUUCUUCGUUUUGAUUUUGUUGGGUUUUAAAAAAUAAUUUUCUAAUAAGGUUAUUAUUUUUUUUUCUCCCAUUCUUCUGCACAUGACUUUCUGUUAUUUGGUCAUUUUGUUUAAGUAGUAUGUGCUGUCCUUUUCAGAUCUGAGAUGUAGAUUUUUAAGAAGACUAAACAGGGCUUUUUUGUAUAGACAUCUCUUCUGAUUCAGUGUAUCUGUGUGCUGAUGGUAGCCCAUUAAAGCCCUGCUUUCAGUUUAUAGGAAGUUAGUAAAAUUAAUUGUAAUUAAUAUGUUAAUUACUUACCAAAAUGCAAAAUUAUUUUAAAAUACUCAGAUGUCUUCAUCUGCCUUCAGUUUGUACUUUCCUUGCCUUACCUUUAAAAGUAAUUAAGGUUGCUGGAAAGAUGUAUGUUGAGAAAUUCAGGGGGUUUUAUUUCUUUGCAUCCUGUUAGACAGUGAGUAUACCAUACUGCCUGCGCGUUAACAUCACCAGAAAGGAUGGGCAAUUCCUGUUUAUUUCCUUAAAAUACAGCAGCAUUUUACUACACUUGGAAAUUCAGUCUGUUUAAUAACUCUUAACCCUGUGAUUGUUAUAUAUAUAUAUAUAAGUACAGUAACUUCCUUUGGUAAUUGCAUCCUUGACCUAAAAUGGCUUUGAUAAUCCGAUUUCAUCAAUCUGUAUGGAUUACAUUUUUCCCCACCUGGCUUUUACUAACAGCCAUCUUUGGAAGUUAUACACUAUUGGAGCUUUUUGUGAUGUUGCUCUUGAUGGAUAUAGUUUUUAUUUGUAAUUUUAGAGUUGUCAUUCAUUUUACAACCUAAUGUAUUUCCUCUCUGGCUCUAUUUCCUUUUGAUGUAUUUAGCUUUGUUUGUUUGACUUUUGCAAUAUAACAUAAGAAGGGCUUUGUUUGAUAUAUUUUUUCCAACUUUGUGUUUCACAUGCAAGCUUUCUUGCUUGCCUACCUGCCUCCCACUUCUCCAUCCCACUCCUCCAGCUGUCUCAUGAGAAGUUCAGAAUGGAUGUUUUGAAAAGGUUUUUUACUGAGAGAGUGGUCAGUCACUAGAAGAGGCUCCCUAGGGAAGCAGUUAUAGCACCGAGCCUGUCAGAGUUCAAGGAGCACCUGGACAACACUCUUAGUCAUAUGGUUUAGUUUUAGGUAGUCCUGGGAGGAGCAGGGAUUUGGACUUGAACAUGAUUAUAUGGGUCCCUUCCAAACAGAGAUAUUCUGUGAUUCCGUGAUCUCCACUAGGUGCCUUCUUUUACCAUAGUUGUGAGCAGUUAUUUAAGAAAGGUUGUUGUCCAAGUGUUGUAUUCUCUUUUACAUGCAAUUUAUUUAAUUUAUUGCUGCAUCUCAGCACCCUUUUUGCACAUUGCUUGAUCUUUGAAUUUCAUGUGUCUCUGCUCUAACCUACCCAAAUGGUGGCUUCAUGGCUCUUAUGCUUUCACAGGUGCUGAAAAGGGUGGAGAAGCCGGCAGAACAUACCUGAGAUGUGCAGUCCUGAGAGUAGUUUCUCCAUCUUCAGGUUACAACAAAUUUGAGCCUAUUCUUGAGUUGUCCAGCCCUACAGUUGCCCUGAAUGCUCUUCCUAUGGGAGCACACACUGGCUAAGACCGAGCCCCUGAUCCUCCAUCAGAGCAGAGCCUGAACACAUUCCUGCCCUAACAUCAGCCCAGGCUCUCACUUGUAUGCUUAGGCCAGCUUCAGAGCCCACUUAAUCUUGCAGUGCAGACACUGCCAUUCUUUAUAACAAUAUGCCAUAGAAAUUUGAAGUGCAUUUGCAGUUUUCAUGUAUGUUAAAUUUGCAUUUGUGCUACACAGCAUGAGUCGUAGAAUUAUGGAAUCAGAAUGGUUUGGGUUGGAAGUGACUUUCAAUGAUUACCUGGUCCAACCCUCCUGCCCUGCUGAGACAUCUUUCACUAGGUCAGUUUACUCAGAGUCCCAUCCAACCUGACCCUGAACACUUCACAGAAGGCGUAUCCACAGCUUCUCUGGGUAACCCAUUCCAGUGUCUUGCUACCCUCAUCAUAAAAGAUUUCUUCCCUAUAUCCAAUCUAAAUCUACCCUCUUUCAGUUAAAAAUGUUUUUGAUGAUGAACAGGCAUAAUGAAUAGAAGAGACAAACGUCAGCAAAUAGCAAGUGUCAGCAUUCUUCUCCUUGUUCAAUUUGUUGAUAAACAUGUUAAGAAGACAGAGCCCCCCAAUUCUUCACUGCCUGCAGGCUUUGUAGCAUACGUGAUGCUUGGUUGCUGCUUAGACAGCUGGACUGUAAAUCUGAAAGAGAAUAAAGACUGGAAACCCCAAGAGUUCCCCCUAUUUAUGAAGAGCAGCCAAGUCCUUAGGAAUUGUGUCUCUCUCACUCACUUAGGCUGCUGUGGUCUGAACAAAGGGUCUACCCCAGUGGCUGUCCUUUGCCUUUCGUCCUGCUCCUCUCAGAUACUGUGCAACCCUAUAGGUUUUACUCAUGAGGAUCCUCACAGACUUUACAGGGACCUUUAUGGACUCGCCUCAGAGUGACUGAGGACUUGACAAAGUCUGUUCCCUUAUUCACCCUUAGAGCCCCCCAGGUCAUCUGUCUCCUGGGGAUAUUCUUCCUGAGUGGACCAAGGGGUAUUUUUGCCUUUGUACUACAUCCCUUUUCUUGGGUGUGAUGGUUUCUGGACAGCAAAUGGUGGAAUCUUAAGUCUGUUUUUAAUGAAGCCCCGAGACCUUCCAUCGUGUUCCUUUUCCAGGGACAGAAAGGAUAGGAAGGAAUUAGUCAUCUGGCAGGAUUUAUAAAUGUAUACUCCAAUACCUACUCUUAAUAUUCUCAACUUUGUGAGGAGUGGGAGCUGUCUGAAGGUGAGAGGUGGAAGGAGCAGGAGGGAACACACAAAAAAGGUAAGUGUUGUGGACUUGUUCCAGACACUGUUGUGAAGAAUCUGCACUUCCUGUUAAGAAGGGAGGCAGCUGGGAGCCAAGGAAGAUUCUGCAUGUGCCCAGAGCAAGUUGCUAUUUGUUCUUUGUUGACAUGACAGACAUACAACUCAAUCUUCUACCGCAACCUGCAGUUCUUCUUAGAUGUGUGUUCUCUGGUCCCUGCUGUGUCGUCUUCUGUCUCUCUCUUGAAAGAGGUAUUUGUGUCUGCUCUAAGUCUAAUACUUCUGCCUUCUCUCCAUGCUAAAAUGGAUAAUAAAAUGGUAAGAGAGAAACUGUGACUACAUAGGAAUUAGGAAUUCUGUUAUGUGAUGGUAUUUGCAAUCAGCUAAGAGAGAGUUAAAAUCCUUCCCAAGACAGCCACUCCUUGUUCUGGAUGAGUGCCAGGGAGCACCUAUCCUUUUAUGAGACAAGAGUCUAGGAUGUUAGCUUUCAAAUCCUGUGUUAAGAAGAAGGGUGGGGGCUAAGAAGUAAGGGUUGGUUUUUAUUUAAUUUGCGUCAAUCCUAGUCCUGUAGGGUAGUUCUCAGGUAGAGUACAAGUCGCUGAAACUAUACACCUGAUUUUCCUCUCCCGAACACCAUUGUCAGUGUAUAGUUAUAGGUAUGUCAGUAGCAAAUCCAAAGAAGCCACCAGAAAAAAAAAUGCAGCGACUGUUUUCCCAAGCUCUGUUACUACUUUGUUGCAUGAUUCGUGGCAAGCCACCUCAUCCACUCAGAUCUGGUAUUUGCCUUUAAAUGUAGAGCUUAUUUGAACCCAAGGAAACCAAGCUGGGAUUCAGACAUAGCCAGCACUAAAUUACUGGGCAGUGUAGUUUUUAUCCUGUGUUAAUAAGCAGCUUCAACUCAGAAAUUUUAUGUAAAACAACAGGGGAGUCUCACAAGAGUUUGGGUGAAAACUGGGAGCUUCCAGGCAUGUCCAAAGGAUAAGCCAUAGGAAUGAAACUGUCAUUCUUUAUCAGGUUGCCGUUUCUGAACACCCUGCGGCUUGUGACAAAUCCAAAUCAAGGAUGUUUCUUCUUCAGGUUAUCUCCAUUUUCCUGUGUUUGCGUGCCACAGAUUUGUUUUCAGGGUAGCCAAAUACGAAACCUAAGUGAAGACCAGAUAAUGCUGCUUCAGUGUUGGCACGGAAUGCUGCCAGAAAAAGGGCUAGGCCCGCCCUGGAGGAGCUCCUUCUCUUGCCGAAGGCAUUGUGCUUCAAGUCAGCGUGAUUCUUGAGACACAGGAACUGGGUGGGACUGGGUUUUACUUUCUACCUUCAAAACCUUUCUGUUUGCACAGUCACAGCAGACCCGGCUCAGUGAAGAUAGUUUUGCUGAAGAGCUAAGCCAAACUUUCAAACUGAAGGAGCCUAAAUAGAACAUGUGUCACUCAUAGUUCUCCAAGGACUUGGCAAUCAAGAUAGGAGCGACCUGAAAAUGAAACCUUCUGCUACCUAUGAGCUGUUAGUGGAUGGUGUUGGGCCAUGGGACUUGACUGGUGGUUUUGUUCCUUGUGAGCUGCUACUUGUUGGAGAGGAUGCCUAUCCUGUGCUUGUGAGCUCUAAGAAGCAGGUUCUGAUUGCUGUUUCACAGUAUGGGAAGGGUCGGAUGGUGGUUGUUUCCCAUGAGGGAAUCCUGAAGGACUCCAAGUUUUCCCAGUUCCUCAGAAAUGCUGUGGAGUGGCUCAAGCCUUCCCCUGAGGCCUUGGUUGGGGUCCAUCCUCACUUGGAUCCCCUCUCCGAGCUGCUGCUCAGGGCUGGCACCAAGGUACAAGCUGGGGCAGAGCUCAGCUGUUCCCUGGGGGUGUACUGUGUGGAUGCCUAUGACAACACGCAGGCAGAAGAGCUGGUUGGCUUUGUAAAGGAGGGUGGAGGGCUGCUCAUUGGUGGCCAAGCCUGUCAGUGGGCUAGUCAACAUGGCAAAGAGAAGGUGCUGUUUGAAUUUCCUGGAAACCAGGUGAUCAGCGUGGCUGGCGUGUACUUCACAGGAAAUGCGGUGGAGAAAGGCAUCUUCAAAGUUGCCAAGAAAAUUUCCAAGAUCCCCUUGACUGUCCCGCACCAGGCCAACCUCAGCCUUGAUGCUGAGUUUCUCCUGCGUGGUUUGUCAGAGCUGGAUUUGGUGACAGGGGGCAUACCCUCCAUCCUGCUGGUGCACGGUGUACUCUCCUUCCCACUCUGCCUGGACAGCUCGCAUGGCUGCCUCUUAGCUGCAGCACGCUAUGGCCGGGGCCGUGUUGUGGUGGCAAGCCACGAGGGUCAGCUGUUCUCCCCAAAGCUGGCCAAAUUCCUGCUCAAUGCUGUCCACUGGCUGGAUGGUGGGAGAAAGGGGCUGGUGGGUGUGGAUGCCAGCCUGAAGAAACUGUGUAGCCUCCUCUCUCAGGAGAAGGUGAGCUCGCAGGUGUCACAGUUGACGGGCAACAUCAGCGUGUACUGCUGCUCUUCUUACAGUGACGGACAGGCGGAGAGGAUCCAUGCUUUUGUAGCGGAGGGAGGUGGCCUACUGAUUGGAGGCCAGGCCUGGUACUGGGCUUCCCAGAACCGUGGCAAAGCUGCUGUGGCAGAAUAUCCUGGCAACAAAAUCCUGAACCGCUUCGGGCUGAGCAUCCUGGGGCAGAACGGCCGGGCAGCCAAGUACCCGGUGGUGGGGCCCGGGGAGCACUACCACUUCCGCAAGGCACUCGCUCUUUUCAACAAGCAUGUAGAGAAGCAUGAGGAGCUCCAGGCCCCCUUGAAGGACUGGCUGCAAAGGCUGGUACAUGACUGCACUGCCUUUCUGCACAUCCCAGCUGCCAACUGCCCUGCAUAUGCAUCCCUCCACCGCAUCCUGGCCAAAGUGCUUCGGAGGAGUGGGCUCCCACACGUGAGCAGGGACUGCCCUGUCAAGAGUAACUCCAAAGAGGCAGUCCUUCUCUGCAUGGCAACUGAGCUGUCCCUCACCAUGACAGACAGUGCAGCCCUAGUGCAGAAGUCUGCCACUGCUGUCUGUGCCCUCCCUGUCACUGUGGAAAUUGAUGGUACAAACCCAGGUAAGACAGCCUGGAGGAGUACAGGACUCUACCUCCCAGAAGGGCACACAGCAGUUAUAACAUUCCCAUGUCUGGUGGUCGGUGCUGGUCUGAAGGUGCAGAUUGGGUGUCACUCGGAUGAUCUCUCUCGAGCCACAGAGCUGAAACGGGCCCCAGUGGUAAUACGCACCUGUGAUAUUGCCUGCCAGAAACAGUCUAUUUCCUGCCUCUGGGGUGGCCUCAUUUACAUUGUCCUACCAGCAGGGACUGUCCUUGGGAAAGUGCCCAUCACAGUAGAAGGGGCAGUCAGAGCUCCUUUCUUCAAGCUUGGGGAGACCUGUGAAAGCCAGUGGAAGACCUGUAUCCGGCACUACCCUGCUCCCUGGGCAGAACUUGCCAUUGAGAAUCUCAUCCUGACUGUGCCAUCGGACAGCAUCCGCCACAUGGAGAACCCACAGCCGCUGCUGACCCUGUGGAAUGAGAUCAUGGUGGCAAUAAGUAAAUUGGCAGCCAAACCAACAAAAUUCCCAAGGCCAGAGAGGAUUGUAACAGAUGUCCAGAUCUCAUGUGGCUGGAUGCAUGCUGGCUACCCCAUCAUGUGCCACCUAGAUUCAACAAAGGAGAUACUAGACGUGAAACACAUCCAAACUGCUGGUCUUUGGGGUCCCAUCCAUGAGCUGGGACACAAUCAGCAGCAGGAAGCAUGGGAGUUUCCCCCUCAUACCACAGAGGCCACCUGUAACCUCUGGUCCGUGUACGUUCAUGAGAAGGUGCUGGGGAUUCCCAGGCAUAAGGCCCAUCAGGCGCUUAGGUCAGAGUGUCGGGAGAAGAGGAUAACAGACUAUCUGAAGAAUGGCGCUCAGCUAAAAGAUUGGAAGAUGUGGACUGCUCUGGAGACAUACCUGCAGUUGCAGGAAGGGUUUGGUUGGGAACCCUUCAUCCAUCUCUUCUCUGACUACCAGAAAAUGUCCACCAUCCCAAAACACAAGCCUUCUAAGAUGAACUUGUGGGCACGGAAGUUUUCUCAGCAGGUGAAUAAGAACCUGGCUCCUUUUUUUACAGCCUGGGGUUGGCCUAUCGAGAAAGAGCUGUGUGUGGAACUGUCCUCUUUACCCAGCUGGGAACAGGAUCCAAUGAGAUCCUAUAGACCAUGAGAGAAAAACACGUAGACCUUGAUUCUCAGACUAGCAAUGGCCUAUCUUUUUCUCCUUUUGUGCUUCAUGAUAGCUCAGUGCACUUAGCUUUACACUAAAUUCUUUAGUUUCCUGUAGUCAACGGAGGACAACCUCAACAGAAAUUCAGCAGAAACUUGUAUGCAGCUCAGCAACCAUCUAAGCCAUCUUCUGAAUUGUAUCAUAAUGAAUGAGCUUUGUUCUGGGUUCUUCACCUCAGGAGGAAUGUCAUUCUGAGUAGAUGUAGUUCCUGCAGAACCUUUCUCUGAUGAAAUGGACAUUUUCGGGGGGGGGGAGCAAUUUCUGGGAUGGUCUCAAGAACAACACCAAUAGAAUAGGGGUCUGUAUAGCAAAAAGUAGCUGCCACAAUGUUGUACGCUUCUGUUAUAAUCUUGGUAACAUGAGAUUUUCAUGAUGGUUUUGAUUACUGUAGAAUCCCUAGUCUUUAGUCGCUCUAAAUAUGUGGAACUUCCACACCUACUAUCAUGAAAAUGACCUUACAAUGCUUAUAGAAUACAUAGCUGAUACUGAAAAGCUGUAGAUUUCUUCCUACAUUGUACGAUUGUAUAACCCAGCACCCAGCUUUAUAUGAAUAAGUCAGUUAUAAGUUGUAGCUGCCACUCUUACAAGAAGAUACGUGGCACGAGAGAUUGCAGAGCAGAAACAAGGUGACAGUUGUAGUCACUAGUGGCUUAACUCAUGGAUGCAUCCAAGGUUAAAAAAAUAGACACUGACAUGACAGCAUGAGGAAGCAGAGAGGAGGAAGACAGCAGUUCAUCAAGACAAUGGACCACUCUCUUCCAAGGAGCAACAGAAGAUAAUCUCUCUCCCACCUAAUUUAGAAUUGCUUGGCUAGCAUACCACACUGGUAACUAUACAGGGCUGGCCUAAUAACCAGCUUAGCCUAAUUGCAUACCAGUCUCAACCCAUUCCUUGUGUAUCAGCAAUAAAGAAAGAAUUACUGUGGACUUAAA